AUGAACGUAUCAGAAAUUUCAGAUCAACUUGCGUCCUCGCCCAAGAGAUUCCCAGAUUGCUGUCUGGGUAUCUCCAGCACUUUAAUAACCCACAUCACCGCGCUCCUCCCAAAGCAACCGGGAUUCACCAUCUCGAUCGGCAGCGGAUCUGGUCUGGUGGAGGCUUUAAUUUCGCACUGCGACAAAGAUGUCACAGUGGCUGGAGUCGAGGUGGACUCAACUAUCAAUCGGUACAUUGCCGAAGAAGAUAUGAACGUCGUGAGCGGAGGUUGGGGCCUUUGCUCUGCUGCCCAACAGGCUGCGGCGUGGAUGUUUGUCUACCCACGCGACCCCAAGCUCAUCACCAAAUACCUUGAUACGUAUGGUGAUCGCAAUGUGGAUUUGGUUGUCUGGCUCGGGCCUCGGGUGGACUGGCCGGAUUAUGAGCCGCGAUUUUGUCAAUCUCCAUUCUCUGAAUUGAGCUUUUCAGAUGAUAUCGGAUUAACACCGUAUGAGGUUUUGGUUGUUGCUAGGCGGCCAUGCUGA